CUGAAACUCCUGCAGCCCCGGACUUUCCCUUCGCCGCAAAACAACUGAUUUCCUCUUUGCCUGAGCCACUUUUGGCUGAUCCUCGUCUCUGGUCUGCAGUUGUUUUAGCUUUUAGCUGCUUCCACGCAGACAUGCUUUUGGUAAAGAGGCUUUGUGUCCUUUUUUUAUUCGAUGCGGUCGCGACCUUCGCCUCUGCAGACAAGAUGACAGCCGCCACAGUGUACUGGGACGCCCAACAUAAGCUGGUCCUGCUAAAGGAGGGGGUUCUGGAGACAGAGGGGGAUGCAUACGGGUACCUGAACAGUACCCUGAACAGUACAGGCUGGAGUGUCCUAGAGAUCCGUGCCGGCUAUGGAAAGACCCCUAAGACGGAUGAUGUCAUCUUCUUCCUGGCCGGCUACCUCGAAGGUUUCCUCACAGCCCAGCAGAUGAUGGACCACUACACCAACAUGUAUCCACAGCUGAUCCGCGAACCAAAGAUCCUCGGCCCGGUUAAGAGUUUCAUGGCGAAGCAGGAUUCAUGGGUCAGAGAGAUGGUGAAACUGAACAAGAGCUCUGAUCCUCUGUGGAAACAUGCAGGCUUCAUCGUGGCCCAGAUGGAUGGACUACAAGCAGGAGUAGCAGAAUGGGCCAAGAAACAAGGGAAAAAGCCGCUGUCCCUGUUCGACAUCCAGUUCCUGAAUGCAGUGGGAGACCUGCUGGAUCUGAUCCCAGCCUUGGUCCCCAGCUCCAACCCUCCACUCAGAGACUUCAAACUUCCAGGGAUGGGACAUUGUUCUGCACUCAUCAAGAUGCUGCCUGGCUUUGAGAACCUCCUGUUUGCCCACUCCAGCUGGUACACGUACGCUGCCACGAUGCGGAUCUACAAACACUGGGAUUUCCACAUCAGUGAGCCCCACACCGCCACUGGGAAACUGUCCUUCAGCAGCUACCCUGGUUUCCUGGUGUCUCUGGAUGACUUCUAUCUCUUGGGCAGUGGUCUGAUGAUGACCCAAACCACCAACAAUGUUUUCAACUCCUCUCUUUUUCACGUACUCACCCCCAAAAGCUUACUGGCAUGGCAGAGGGUCAGGCUGGCUCACAGUCUGGCACAUACCGGAGAGGGGUGGGCCAAAAUCUUCUCUCAGUAUAACUCUGGUACCUACAACAACCAGUACAUGGUGCUGGACAGGAGCAAAGUAAAGUUAAGCCAAAGUCUUGAUGACGGGGCUCUGACUGUGGUGGAGCAGAUCCCGGGCCUGGUGGAGUACUCCGACCAGACACAGGCUCUGCGCAGAGGAUACUGGCCGUCUUACAACAUUCCUUUCCAUCGGAAGAUCUACAUGCUGAGCGGUUAUGGAGAAAUGUUGAAGGAGUACGGAGAGGACUUCUCUUAUGAUCUCUGUCCCAGAGCAAAGAUCUUCCGGCGUGACCAGGCCAACGUCAAGGACCUGGACUCCUUGAAGCACAUCAUGAGGUUCAAUGACUACAAGAAGGAUCCAUACUCCAAAGAUGACCCCUGCAAGUCCAUCUGCUGCCGUAACGACUUGAGGUCAGAGAGGCCUUCACCAGGAGGUUGCUAUGACACAAAGGUGACAGAUUUCCAAAUGGCUGGGGACUUCCGUGCGGAGGCGGUGAACGGGCCAACCACACAGGACGGACUCCCGCCGUUCUUCUGGGAUAAAUUCAGCAGCAUCAGCCACCAAGGUUUGCCACGGUACUACAACUUCACCUUCAUCGAGAUGCAGCCUCUUCUCUUCAAGCCGUGAGGUGUGUGUUUGUGUGUGUGUGGGGGGGGGAGGGGUGAGACAGAGAGAGAGAUGCUUUCGGGUCAAACAUUUACAGACAAAUGAAUGUCCAGGGUAGAAGGUACAAUCUGUUUCUUUUGCAAUUUAUAUAUCUGUUUACACAGUGAUCAUUUUACUUUAACUGGUGCUUGGAGAUCAGAAUUGCGUCCCACCAAUAUGUGCUUUUUUUUUAAAAUUCAGUGCUUCCCUGCAAACUGCCAAUCAGAUUUUAAAUCUGUGUUUUUACGCACAUUCUACUCAGGGUAUAAUGAUUUACAUUGGAAUGCAGUAGAAAUCAGAAGUGUUUUUUAUACCUGCAGCCAAUCGUGCCUUAAACUGACAGUUAACUUGGUAAUUUUAUAAAAUGCAAAACCAAUGCAUUAAAUCUCAGUGGCUAUGCUGUCUUUAAUCCUUUUGUUUGAAGCUUGAAUGUGUCCAUAUAGGACAACACUAUCACUUUAAUGGUAAACGAAACAAUCAGUGCAAUGUUAUACUCAGGGCAGGUGAUCUUCUCUGCUGAUGUGAUUUGGGAGCAUUUAUUUUUGUAUUGUGCACAAUGAAAUCGUCUUAGGUUUGUAUUUUUCUAUAAGCCUGUGCUUCUUUGUGUAAUACUGCACAUUUUCUAUCUUGCUGUCAUCUCAUGUAUUGGUUGUAUAUUAAAAUAUUACCAUUGUACAA